AUGGAACCGAGCAUCUUGAACACGUUGAGGACUCUGCAUCACCUUGUUCGGAUGGUAUGGUUGUUGUAACCAAUGACCCUUCAUCACAGCGACACGCAUACGCCGCACGGACGCAAACUUCGACAUUGUCGUGUGUUCUUCAACGAGCAAUGUCACUGUGUACGUAUAUGGACCGCCUUCCAGAAAUUGAUCAGCGGAAGCUUGGCGAUUUGAAAAAUGAUAAUACGGACCACGCCAUCAAUAUUUAUAGCGAGCGCCGAGCCUACAUAUCAAUCGGGAUUAGCCUCUGUUUGGGUCGAUGAGUCUUGCCCGCCUUUUGCUU